AUGUCUGAAAAUAAAUGGGAUAUGCUUUAUGAUGAGUUCCCUACGGUAUUUGGAGACGGGCUGGGGAGGUACAACAGUCCCCCCAUCUCUUUUGAACUAGAUCCGACUGUGACCCCCAUAAGGUUAAAAUACAGAAAAGUACCCAUAUCCAUAAGGCCCCGGGUUGAGAGGGAGCUAGACAAGCUCAUUGCGCAAGCGGUUCUAGAACCUGUACCGCACAGGAAAUGGGAGACCCCUAUAGUAACGCCAAUCAAGCCAGAUGGAUCUGUGCGAAUAUGUGCAGAUUAUAAAUGCACUUUGAAUAAAGCGCUGCAACAGCACUCCUAUCCAGUACCGGUAAUGAGCCAUAUCCUGGCUUCCCUGGGGGGAGGUAAAAUAUUUGCAAAACUUGACUUGGCACAGGCAUACCAGCAGCUGCCUGUCACACCAGAGGCUGCUGAAGCCCAAACCAUUGUGACCCAUAAGGGGGCUUUUAAGGUCAACAGGCUCCAGUUCGGAGUUAACGUGGCACCAGGUAUAUUUCAAAGUCUAAUGGAACGUCCCUUAAGGGGGGUGCCGGGCACAGUCCCCUAUUUUGACGACGUGUUGAUAGCGGGGAAGUCUGAACAGGAAUUGCGGGACAGAGUUACAGAGGUUUUGAAACAUUUUCAAAAUGCUGGGCUAAGGGUCAAACGCUCCAAAUGUACAUUGGGCGUUGAGAGUGUGGAUUUUCUUGGGUUCCGCAUAGAUGCGGAAGGGGUUCACCCCACAAGCGAAAAAACUGAAGCUAUUAAAAACGCCCCCAAGCCAGUGAAUAAGAAAGAGCUGCAAGCAUUCCUUGGUUUGCUAAAUUUCUAUCACGCGUUUUUACCGCACAAGGCAUCAAGUCCGCACACUUAACCACUACACCAAACUGGCUCAAAAGCACUGUUGAUGUCUAACGCUGUCUUGACUCAUUACGAUGAGCAAAAGCUCCUGGUUUUGGCUGCAGACGCUUCGGCUUUUGGAGUAGGCACCGUUUUGAGCCAUCUGAUGCCGAAUGGAAGCGAAGCGCCUAUCGCUUUCUAUUCUAGGUCUCUGUCUGCGGCAGAAAGGAACUAUGCCCAGAUAGACAAGGAGGGUCUGGCUUUAGUAGCGGCUGUCAAAAAGUUCCACGAUUUUGUUUUUGGCAGAAAAUUUGUGCUGGUCAUAGACCACAAGCCGCUACUGGGGAUUUUUGCGCCCGAUAAGCAGCUGCCUAACAUCAUGUCCCCAAGAAUGCUUAGGUGGGCGUUGUUUUUGCAGGCGUAUGAUUUUGAUCUGGAGCACUGGCCGGGUAAGGCCAUAGGGCACGCUGACGCACUCAGCCGCUGUUCCUUACCUAACCAAGGAACAGACCCAGCCCCCGCAUGUGAAGUCUUGGCCAUAGAUGAACUCCCUCAGUAUGGAACCCGAGUUCCAACCAUACAAGCAGAAUUGUCUAUCUCAAAAGGUUGUAUACUUUGGGGGAACAGAGUUAUAGUUCCUGACAAACUUAGGCACAGAGUGUUGCAAUCCUUGCACGACGGGCACCCGGGAACGGUGCACAUGAAGGCCCUAGCAAGAGGCUAUGUGUGGUGGCCCAGAAUUGAUAAGGAAAUAGAGGAAUGGGUACAGGUUUGCAAUCAGUGCCAACAAAGCAGGCCAGAACCGCCUCCAGCCCCACCACAAAAAUGGGAAUCAACAGGUAAACCAUGGUCAAGACUUCACAUGGAUUUCGCUGGCCCCUUACAAGGACAGAUGUUUUUGAUCAUUGUGGAUGCCUGGUCUAAAUGGCUUGAAGUGGUGCACAUGCAUUCGACCAUUUCCGUUGCGGUCAUACAUGCACUACGCCGGCUGUUCGCAACCCACGGGUUGCCGGACACGCUGGUUAGCGACAACGGCCCUCAGUUUGUCUCGGAUGAGUUCAAACUAUUACUCUCUGACCAUGGCAUUCGCCAAAUCACCGCUGCCCCUUUUCACCCAGCUUCAAAUGGCCAGGCAGAGCCUGAGUUCUCUGACUUUGAGCUGAGACCUCCGGAGACGGAGGUGAGCCCUGAAAUGCCAGAUACUGCCUCAGAAGCAGGGCAGAACCCUGACUGUGAGAUGGCAAGCCCUGAGACUGUGUCUGACCCCGUUAGUACAGGGCCCCACAGUGACCCACAAGGUCAGCACUGGCAAUUCAGAGCCCUUCCCUUCGGGUUGUCAACGGCCCCAAGAGUCUUCUCCAAGAUGUUGAUCCAUCCUAUCGUCCAUCUGAGGGAGAAGGGAAUACACGUCCAUCCGUACCUGGACGACCUCCUGAUCCGUUAUCCUUCGUACGCCAAGUCGAUAGCGGACACCGAAACAACUAUCCACUGUCUACAAGCCCAUGGUUUCCUGAAUGGAAACAAGUUCUCACGGAUGCCAGCCUCCAAGGUUGGGGUGCAGUCUAUCACAAUCAACCGAUCCAGGGCACAUGGUCCACGGAGGAGAGCAGAUUACCGAUAA